AUGUCCGAUAUAUCGCCCAUGUCCUCACCGGGCGGUUCUCGCUCCUCAUUCCUAACUGACAAUAUUCGUGAGGACGCUUCUUCCCAUUCUGGCAUGGAGCCAAUGGAUGAAGUAGCUCAGUAUCUCGCCGAUGCUCGCAGAGCAGAAGAGAACAAUCGUCCAGAACGAUGGUUCAAUCCUGACCAAGACGACGAGGUCAAUGAUAAACAGGAUGCACUACAUGAAGACGUCCUACAAGAAUUCUGCGCGAUGUUGUGCGCUAACUCGGAGGACGAUCAUAUCAAUGAUUGGCACAUGAGACGAGCAGACAUCAAAUAUGCGAUAUUUCAUGAAGUCUACGUCGCCGUAUAUGAAGCACGCAAAGAUGUGUUGUUCGAAGACGAGAGCUGGGGUGAGCUCUUUGCGCUGUACCUUGCCUUCUUCAUGGGCACUGUCGAGGCUAAUACCGACCGUCGACCUGACCCAUCCCUAAUGCUCGAGAAUGUGCCCGGUUUGACACCGGAUCGCGGUAUGACGCCGGACCGAUACUCUCCUGCAUACUCCUCCAGAUCGCUCUCAUCAAGGAGAGGCACCCCAGAACGUGGCAGCACCCCAGAACGAGGAGGAAGCCCACAAUGGGGUGCUCCUCUCCGGAGAUGGCUCACGCCUGAACAGCGGAUUGCCUUCUCGCGGCCCGGAACGCCAGAGCGGGAGGCGUCACCCAUGUUGGCUGGUACCCCUGAACGGGCCGGCACACCUGAUAGUGAGCCUAGGAGUUCCGAAUGGAGAUUCCCUGUCGAUCGUCGUUUGACGCCAGACUCUGGGCCAGCAUCCACUCGUGCCGAUUCUCCAGCCAGCUCGCAAAUAACACCCAAUCGUAACACUCGAGUAGAUGCCGAUCGAGACGCAAUGAUGCUUGAACGCCGGACGUUGUCCGAUGCAGCAAGAACGGCCUCUCCUCAUUCCCAGCAUUCUCAGCAUUCGCAACGCCCGCACGGGCCCGCCGCACUCGUUGACGGUGUGUAUUCUUGA